GUGGCUAGAGUUAACACGUACGUACGGGAUCCAAGAACCAAACUUGAGUACCUACUCGUUUGGGGGUACCACCCACCCAACAGUGAACACUACGCUGUCGGUUUUUGGUUGGCCUUAAGUGAAGUGGAAAUGUUGCUGUAUAUCUUUAUUAUUCUUUUCUUGAUUCCGGGUCUUGUUUUCUCCGUGGACCCGGCGGCGUUCACAGACGAUGUUCUGGGUCUGAUUGUCUUCAAAGCUGGGAUUACAGACCCGGAUUCAAAACUCGCAUCUUGGAGUGAGGAUGAUGCUGAUAACCACUGUAAUUGGAAGGGGAUUAAAUGUGAUCCUAAGUCUAAGAGAGUCACUGAGUUCUCUUCGGAUUGUUUCGCUGGCAAUGAACAGCCUCACUGGCUUAAUCCCCCCUUCUCUUGGUACAUGCUCAACAUUGGAAAGGGUGAGAUUCCAAAUGUGUUUGCGAGUUCUUACGCUUUGACGUGGUUGAGUCUGAGGAAGAACAAUUUUAGCGGUCAGCUGCCCGAGAAUAUCAGGAACUGCUGGCUUUUAGAAUCUGUUGAUCUGAGUGACAAUGCACUCACCGGAGGCCUUCCCGACUCUAUGCAGAAACUGGGAUCGUGCAGCUAUCUUAAUCUUAGGGGAAAUAUGUUGACUGGAAAGGCUCAAGAUUGGAUUGGAGAUAUGAAACGGUUGGAAAUUUUAGAUCUUUCUGGGAAUGAUUUGUCCGGCCAGGUUCCAGAUUCCAUUGGGAAACUUCAGUUCUUGAAGGAGGCAAAUUUGUCCAAGAAUUGGUUCACUGGAGGCUUGCCAGGGUCUUUAUUGAACUGUGUCAAUCUUUCUGUUGUUGAUGUGAGCCAGAACAGGUUCAAUGGCAACUUACCCUCAUGGAUUUUCAGGUCAGGUUUGGUUCGCGCAUUUCUUUCCAGGAAUAGGUUCACUGGAAGCAUUGAACCCUCUCUUAUUUCAGCAGCAUCAUCCUCUUAUCAAAGUCUUCAAGUUUUGGACCUAUCUUCCAAUGCAUUAUCUGGUGAGAUUCCCUCUUCCAUUGGGAACUUUACCCGGUUACAGAUCUUUAAUGUUUCCAAUAACUCGUUGUCUGGUGGAAUACCGAAAACUUUAUUUGGAAGACUGAAUCAGCCUCGAGUUCUUGAUUUGAGUCACAACCUGAUAAACGGAAGCAUCCCUUCUGAAAUCGGGAAAGCAGUUAUGUUGCAGGAACUUAACCUGGAAGGAAAUCUUUUGUCCGGAGUGAUCCCAACAGACAUUCAGACUUGCUCAUCUUUAACUUCUUUGGUGCUAUCGCAGAACCGGCUCACAGGUCGAAUCCCUUUUGCUCUAGCAAAGCUAACCAACCUCGAGAUUGUGGAUUUGUCUUUCAACAAUAUCUCUGGGACAUUACCCAGAGAGUUGUCCGGCCUAACCCGUUUGAUCUCAUUUAACGUCUCCCACAACCAUCUGCAAGGGCAACUGCGAGUUGGAGGCUUUUUCAACACCAUCCCACUCUCAGAAGUUACACAAAACCCUAAACUCGUGUCGUGCCUUGUCGCCAUCGGUGCUGCUGUUUUCAUCGCUCUUGGUGUGGUCACCAUCACCUUCGUCAACCUUCUCGUCCGUAGUUCCCCUUCCAGGUGGCAUGCUGACGUGUCAUUUUCCCGAGGGGAUGAAUUUACCCUUUCCUACGGUGGCACCGGAGAAGCCAGCUACGGGAAGCUCAUUAUGUUUUCUGGCAAUGCUGAUUUCGGUUCGGGUACCGAUGAACCGCUUCUCAACGAGGGUUCUGAACUCGGGCGUGGCCUGUUCGGAUCGGUUUACAGGUGUGAAUUUAGUGACGGACGGUCUGUGGCCAUAAAGAAGCUAAAAUUUUCAGGGUCAAUAAAGUCUGGUGAAGACUUUGAGAGGGAAGUAAAGGGUCUUGCAGAGGCUAAACACCCAAACCUGGUUCCCAUUGAAGGCUAUUAUUGGACACCUACCCUACAUCUCAUAAUCAGCGAAUACGUAACCGGAGGGAGUCUUUACAAACGUCUUCACGAGGAUGGGGCUGUCCUGUCUUGGACCCAAAGAUUCAGAAUCAUUUUAGGUGUAGCCAAAGGGUUAGCCCAUCUACACAGGAUGGGCCUGAUUCACUAUGACAUUAAGUCCAGUAAUGUCCUUAUAGACGACAGGUGGUCAGGGGGGGAACCAAAGCUAGGGGACUUUGGGCUGGCUAGGCUAUUGCCCGUGGUGGACCGAUAUACCCUUAGCAGCAAGGUACAGAGCGCGCUGGGGUACGUGGGUCCCGAGUUUGGGUGCCACGGGGUGAAAAUAACAGAAAAGUUGGACGUGUAUGGGUUUGGGGCGUUGACAUUGGAGGUGGUGAGUGGGAGGAGGCCGGCGGAGUACGGGGAGGAUGACGUGUUUGUGCUGUGUGAUUAUGUGAAGGGGGCACUGGAGAGGGGCAAUGUGGGGGAGGAGUGUGUGGAUAAGAGGUUGGAAGGGGUUUUCGCGGUGGAGGAGGCGAUUCCGGUCAUAAAACUCGGCCUCAUUUGUGCAUCUCAAGUGCCUUCCAGUAGGCCAGACAUGGAGGAAGUUGUCAGAAUCUUGGAACUCAUUCAGUGUUCUUCUGCAGAAAGCCAUGGUGGUGGUGGUGGUGAUGAUCUGGAAUGAAUUGCUGAAGUUAGGGCAUGUUUGG